UACGUUCAGAGCUUCACGCCGUUUCCGGAAGACAACCGCUCCAGCAAGAGUUUAUUUGAAGUACAGAAUACUAAACUCAUUUAUACUGGACUUGUGCACCAGAGUAGUACUCCUAGUUUAACGUGCACUGUUAUCUAUUUAAACUAUUGCCUUUUGAUAGCAUCACGUAUUUGGACAACGGAACCUGAGGUUCAGGGUUUUCUGGAAUCUGGAAGAUGUUUCAGAUAAAGAAAAUUUGUUGCAUCGGAGCGGGAUAUGUCGGAGGUCCGACUUGCAGCGUAAUCGCUCAAAUGUGUCCGGAGAUACAAGUGACGGUAGUCGACGUCAACGAGUCCCGAAUCAAAGCCUGGAACUCCGAUACGCUUCCCAUAUACGAGCCAGGCCUGAGAGAGGUGGUGGAGUCCUGCAGAGGGAGGAACCUGUUCUUCUCAACUGACAUUGACUCUGCCAUCAGGGAGGCUGACUUGGUGUUCAUCUCUGUGAACACGCCAACCAAGACUUACGGGAUGGGGAAAGGGAGAGCUGCCGACCUCAAGUACAUCGAGGCAUGCGCCCGACGCAUCGUGGAAGUUUCAAACGGCUACAAGAUCGUCACGGAGAAGAGCACCGUCCCGGUCCGCGCUGCUGAGAGCAUCCGGAGGAUCUUUGACGCCAACACCAAACCCAGCCUCAACCUGCAGGUGCUGUCCAACCCUGAGUUCCUGGCAGAGGGGACGGCAGUGCGAGACCUGAAGGAGCCAGACCGCGUCCUGAUUGGAGGAGAUGAGACAGCGGAGGGCCAGCGUGCUAUCAGGGCUCUGAGCUGCGUGUACGAGCGCUGGGUCCCCCGGACCCGCAUCAUCACCACCAACACCUGGAGCUCCGAGCUCUCCAAGCUGGCAGCCAAUGCGUUCCUGGCCCAGCGCAUCAGCAGCAUCAACAGUAUCAGUGCACUAUGUGAGGCGACUGGUGCUGAUGUGGAGGAGGUGGCCAGAGCCAUCGGCAUGGACCAGAGGAUAGGAAGCAAGUUCCUGAAGGCUAGCAUUGGGUUUGGAGGCAGCUGUUUCCAGAAGGAUGUGCUGAACCUGGUCUACCUGUGUGAGGCCCUCAACCUCCCAGAGGUUGCCUCCUACUGGCAGCAGGUGAUAGAUAUGAAUGAGUACCAGCGCAGGAGGUUUGCCUGUAGGAUCAUUGACUGUCUCUUCAACACCGUCACUGGGAAGAAGAUCGCUCUGCUGGGCUUCUCCUUCAAGAAGGAUACAGGAGACACCAGGGAGUCCUCCAGUAUUUACAUCUCUCAGUACCUGCUGGACGAAGGAGCUAAUCUGCACAUCUAUGACCCCAAAGUCCUGAAGCAGCAGAUCCAGCAGGACCUGUCCAGCACCUUAGAGCCCAACAGAGUGUCUGAGCUGGUUACCGUGACUACAGACCCGUACCAGGCUUGCCAGGGAGCCCAUGCCCUCGUCAUCUGCACUGAGUGGGACAUGUUCAAGGACUUGGACUAUGAGAGGAUCUACCAGCGGAUGCUGAAACCAGCCUUCCUGUUUGACGGACGCAGAGUCCUGGACCACCUGCACCCUCAGCUGCAGAGCAUCGGCUUCCAGAUUGAGACUAUCGGAAAGAAGGUGACGUCUGUGCGCAUCCCCUACACCCCCUCAGCCAGCCUUGCAGAGCCACCAAGCAAGAAGCCCAAGAUCUGAUCUGAGACCUGAUCUACACACACACACACACACACAUGCCUGAACUAACCCCACCCCCCACAUACACACCUCUAUCC